CUCUCUCUCUUUUUAUGUUAACAGAUUGUGUACUUUGUUUUCCUUUUCUUGCAUGUUUGUGUCUUUCAACUGUCGUCCUUUUCUCACUCGGUCCCCUCCACCUUCCCUCUCUCUCUGAGUAGGUUGGUCUAUCUGUAUAUCUGUGUUCUAUUUCUGACUGUGAUUACUGGAGUGACAGCGAAGGUUCUAGAAUCCCAGAUAAGACCAUAUAAAGUUUGCAUUUCAUAUUUACUGAGACAGGCACUGACUUGGGGAAUAAUAACAUAGUUGUAACUCGGCUGCAACACAGAGCGUGACCAGACAAGAGAAAGUACCUCUCUACCUUUACUUCAACAAGGUCAGUCUCACUGAAACUUAAAAUCUGUUCUACAAAAAAAAACUGGUUAAAAUAGCAGCACACACAGUUGGCCUCCUGCCCAUGACCAAGAGACCAUGACUAAGAGACCAUGACCAAGAGACCAUGACCAAGAGACCAUGACUAAGAGACCAUGACCAAGAGACCAUGACCAAGAGACCAUGACCAAGAGACCAUGACCAAGAAACCAUGACCUUGACCAAGCAUAACCAUCUCCAUCAGUGAUGCGUGUGUCAGCACGGAGGGUGUUAACAGGGCUCCUUAUCCUGGGUGGAAUCUCCACCCUGACCCAGUUCCUGCGUUUCUGUCUACCCUGCCGGCAGCCAUCCCAGGGUGAACCUGUGACCGUGCUGGUCCGGGACGGGUGGAGGGUCAGUUCUGACAUUCCCCUGGUGUUUGUGGGAGGGGUGCCUCGCUCCGGGACCACCCUGAUGAGGGCCAUGCUGGACGCCCACCCUGCGGUGCGGUGUGGGGAGGAGACGAGGGUCGUGCCCAGGAUACUGGGCCUUAAGCUGGGCUGGGCUGCUGAGAAGGAGGGGGUCAGCACCAAGGUCCUGGACCGAGCGGUCACUGCCUUCCUCCUUCAAAUCAUAGCAGGACAUGGGGAGCCAGCACCUCUACUCUGCAAUAAAGACCCCUUUACAUUGAAGAGCGCUAAGUACCUCGCUCACCUUUUUCCCAACUCUAAGUUCCUGCUGAUGCUGAGAGAUGGCCGAGCGGCGGUGUACUCUAUGAUUUCGCGUCGCGUGACGAUCGGUGGCUUUGACCUCUCCAGCUAUAGGGACUGCCUGGCCAAGUGGAGCCGAGCCACACAGGCCAUGCUGACACAGUGCACUCAGGUGGGCAGUAAGAGGUGCCUGGCUGUGAGGUAUGAGAGGCUGGUCCUCCACCCUCGCUCCACCCUGCAGACAGUGCUAAAGUUCCUGGGUCUGCCGUGGCACGAGGGGGUUCUGCACCAUGAAGAGGCUAUAGGAAAACCUGGAGGAGUCUCACUGUCAAAAACGGAACGGUCCACAGACCAGGUGAUGAGGCCCGUGAACUUAGACGCUCUGACUCGGUGGGUAGGUCACAUGCCCCCAGACGUAAUGGCAGACAUGGACGCUAUCGCCCCCAUGCUGGGGAGACUAGGCUACGACCCCAGAGCCAACCCACCUAACUACGGACAGUCUGACCCACAGUUCCUCAACAACACACAAAGGCUUCUGAAGGGAGACUUUAAAACUCCUGUAGCAAGACAACAUCAGAAAGAACGUCCUCUGAUGUCCAUGAAAGGUUCACAGACAGAGAGGUGACAGGGUCAGCGCCUGGAACAACGGUCACCGCUGACCUAUGACCCCUGAUUAUCCUCUCAGGGAAGACAACAGCAUCAACCAAAAGGCUGGUGGCUAAGCACCAAGCACAGUCAGAGGGCAUAACCAUGCAUGUGCUCUAGACCUCAUUGAUAGGAAGAAGUGAUGUACAAUGGAGAAAAGUAUAUUAUAUUGUUUUUUUACAUUUCCAAAAUGUGUUUACUUACCUCCAUUUUUUGGGGGUCCUUACAAAAACAAAAUAAUGGCCAAUCUUCACUAUAUUUUUGGUGAUAUCAAAGUGCCGCCAGCAGCCAUGUGGAUGAAUGGAGACAAGGGAAAAAUAGGCUCUUUGAGAAUCCAAGAAUAAAUUACUUACACAAUCGUCUCUAACAUGUAGGCUCAGCAUUCGUGAACAAUCCAAUUACAAGUCAGAAUGUUGAAUAAACUUAUUUUUAACUUA